CAAUGUCAAGUAGAAGUGUUUUGUUUGUGUUUGUCUGUUUGUUUUUGCAUGUUACAUAUUAUUUUCUAGGGGUACAUAGGUAUACAAUAUAUUUACCUGUGCGAGAAAAUAGAUUGAUAGUUUGAUAGCGUAGAAUUAACUUUUUUCUUCUGCGAAACUAUAAAUUGCGACGUUGUUAUAAGCCACCGGCCUCAAACCAUAUGUAAUAAAAUGGAUUUCGAAUUUAUGAGUGCGACCGAACAUUUAUUAUGUUGACAUGGCCGAUUUUGGUUUUGUGUAAACUAUUUGUGAAAUUAUAGGAAGUGAUUAUUUAUUUUUAAAAUAUAUAAGGUCGUUUACAAUGGAAGAGUCAAAUUCAAAUCAAAUAAUAUCGUCGGAUGAUAGUUGCGAUUCGUUAAUGAAAAAUAUGAAAAGCGAACUUACUGAGUUUGGAUUGAGUGAAGAAAAUUUAUGUAAAGAAGAAAUGUGUGAUCUUUUGCAAGCAUUGAAAAAUUCAAAAGAAUCUGUUAAUACCAAUGAAUUUGUUCAAAAGGUUGAUGAAGAAGAACCUGCCCAAUCAUCAAAAAAGGUGAUGAAAAGGAGGUAUAUAAAUGUGAGGGACAGACGUCUCCCAUGGAGUAUACUCCCUGGUACUAUUAGUCUAGCUGAAAAAACUCGAGCACUUGGUGUCUAUGUUAAGUUAAUGUCAAUAAACACUUAUCAUCAAGCCAGACAAUCUAGCAAUUUUGCCAGUUGGCCACCACCAAUACAAAUAGUUGAGGAGACUACUAGAGUCCAGCCACUUAGGUCAACUAGAAGUGGACGAUCUGUUCCUAUGUACUGUGGCUUUGAUGAUGAUUCUACUGACUUAGACUUUGUGAUCAGUAAACCUAAGAAGAGGAAAGUAUCUAACAGUGAAACAAAUAAUAGUGAAAGUAACACCAAUAAAUCCCUGGGUUUAAAGAGAAAACCAUCCAAAGAUGAGAAUAUUAGGCCUGUGAAAGAGGCCAAACAAAGUAUGCAGAGUAAUGGAAUUGAAAUUAUAUCAUCAGAAAUUAAAGUGAAACCUAAAAAAGACCUUUUUACUUUGAUAGAAGACUGAAGUGGACAUGAAAAGAAAGCUAUUUGUUGGAUAAUUGAAAAAUAGUUCUGUAGAUUGGAUGUCAUUGCUAUUAUAAAUUUAGAAAAACUACUUUAGAAAAACUAACUAACUGCUUAGUGUAUUGUAAAUUGUGAACUAUUAUUUGGUUAUUUGUGAAUCAAAAGUUUGUUUGAAAACUGAAUAUACAGUUUAAAAUUAGGUGCUUAGUUCAAGAUUUUUGUUGCUUGAUAUGUGCAUUUAUAAAAAAAAUGUAGGAAUAUGUGAUAUGCAUUAAUAUUGUAGAAUCGCUAUAUGUAUCUUUAUCCACAUAAGGUACAAUGGUUUGCAAAAUAUUGUGUUUAUUUGUGAUUUGUUGAAUGAAUCUUUUCAGGCCUCAAAUGGUAUCAUGAGAUAUUUCUUUUUUUGUUAAUUUAUGUGAGUGAAAGACUAAUAUAUGAUCAAAAUUUCUAACUGAACACAUUUUAUUUUGUUAUAAAAGUUUCAGUGAAAAUACAUGUUUUUUUUUCUUUCAGAGUAAUAUUUGUUUUCAAAGAUUAAAGUAAAUGAUAUGACAAA